AUGCACCAUGCCCUCACUCUCCUGAACCCAGCUCACCGACUCCUCAGCUGGACGCAGCGCCCCGGAACCUCAUGCCUCCAUACGUUGCCGGCGGAUGUGCUGCUAGAGAUCGCGUCCUAUCUGAACACGUUGUCUGAUAUCCUGCAUCUAGGCUUGACAGGUCCUUCACAAUGCGAGGCGACACUGGCAAUGCUGCAGCGACGCCCGGAUGUCGCGCGGCAUGUCCGCAAGCUCGUGCUUCGCCCGGAAGAUCAACUCACCGGCCGCAAGCAGCAGGUGCGAGCCUGGGACAACGCGGGCAUGAUCUCGCGGAUGGUCAGCGAUGCGGCGAAGUAUCUGGAUGCAUUACAGGAGUUUGAAUGGGAUGGCGAGGACAUGUUGCCCGACGACCGCAUGUGGUCCGGUCUGCGAUCGUGCUGUCCAUACUUGCAGCGCGUUGGGAUGACGUUUGGGUGCUUCCUACCGCACCCAGGCAGCAAUCUUUUCAAGUUCAGCGACCUUGCAGGCUUCUCCCUGACCUUCAAAGACGGUUUCUACGCCCAGCAGCUCCAUGUACCUUCGCGAGAGAGUGAACCAGUGUUUGCGCGUCUAUGGGACAUGCUCGUUCGUCGCUGCCCCAAUCUCGAGACCCUGUCCAUCGCGGGGACCUCUACGGAGCCAUCGGAUGCGGCGCGUCUUGGGACCGCGUAUUGGCCCAAGUUACGUGUGCUGACCAUUGGUGAUGUGGUAUUCGGACUCUCUGUGCCGCUGGAUGCGCCGCCCGCACACCCUUUCCUCGGUUUCCUCGAACGCCAUCCGACUCUGACGGGUUUGCACAUACUGGGUCAUCCACAUGUCAACCCAUUGGACUUAGCUGAACUCAGCGAAGACGCUCUCCCCCAGCUCACAGAGUUCAGCGGAUCGUUGGACCACCUCCAUGAACCAUCGUCUCCGCUCUCGAAGACGUUGCGACAUAUAUGCCUACCGGAUCCCAUGCAGCUUCGGGAGCUGACUCCCCUGGCGAUCUCGCGCGUGCUCCUAGAUCUCCACGCGUUGACUUCCCUGAAAAUGACGUUCACUCUACAUAGCGGAUAUGACUGCAAUGGUGUGUUUCGCACCGUCAUUGCUUCCUGUCCCCAACUCUUGCAUCUUGACUUGACGUGCACUUCGAGGCCGUCUUUCUACCUUGAGUCGUUUUCUCGAUCCCUCAAGAAACUGGUCCGACUUCGCACAUUGCGGCUGUCCAUAGUUCAGUUUCCAGGCGAAGAGCCAAUGCAUGCGGGCGCCGCUCGCAUUGCACUGGCCAAUCCCCGGCUUACUCAAUUCUUCCUCUCGUACAUACCCCCGCAUACCCCCGCUCUUCCUAUCCCUCGCCCGUUGGAGACCGGCUCCUUCGAACUCAUCUGUGACAUCCACGGUAUCCCCAUUAACCUCUUCGUGUCGGAAUGGCGCGUGACGCUCGCUGGUGGAGGCGGCGGCGGCAUGAUCUGGCGCGGCAUGGUCAGUCUCGCCAUGAUCCUCGGCAUCGGCGUCGGUACGGGGUGGCGCGCUGGUCCUACCGGUUGGACGCGGCGCUGGAAGUGCGAGUUGCGCCCUAGUGGCCACCCUGACGUACCGAGGAGCGGACUUGAUCAGCUGAUUGUCGAACGCAGCCCGGCCGGAGAAGAGGCACGGCUACUGCUCCUCUGCAUGUGCCUACUCAUCUUGGCAGCGUGGGGCGUUGUCUGGAGGGCGUCGUAA